CUGUGCGCUCUCCUCCUUCCGUUUUCUGCACUACCCCCCAUCCUUUUCAUGCUAACUAUUAUAUUUAUUUUUGUGUGUUCUCGGCACAAUCUAGAGAAAAACAGACUUGAGAGUUCCGCCCAUUUUUCUUCCAACCUCAUUCUUUUCUCUCUUGUAUAUUCUCCUUUUCAAUCUACUGCCCCAGGCUUUUUCUGGGAAAUUUUACUUUAUUUUUGCAAUCCGUCAAAGGCAUUCGUCUUCAAUUUCUUUUUUUGA